CUCGCCGCCGUGACGCCGGUAACCGACGACAUGUUCUGGGACUCGAUGAUCCGACCGGGAGACAACAAGGAGCCCAAGAUAAAGAUGGAGAUCUUCCCCUCUGGAUUUUACACAGAGGACUUCAGGACGCAGGAAGUUCCGGCUGGCUUCGAUUUUGCAUCUUACGACUGCCCUGGUGAAGACCUGUCCUUUCUGUUAGACAGUAAAGCUCUGCUGCAGCAGCAGCUCUACGUGGCCGACAGCAGCUACCCAGAAGCCCCCAAAGCCGCCGCCCACCCGUACGACGCCAAAGUGAGCGCCGGCGACACUUCACUCUUCAACCUGGACUCGUACCAGGAGUUCAACUGGUGGAGCUCCUACUCACACGACGGGCUGGCGGUGGACCAGUCCACUGGGUACCUGGAGGCCCCUCAGACCUACCAGAGCCUGGAGGGCAGCCGCAGCCCCUUCCCCCCCGCCAAGGGGCCACACACGCCCCCAGGUGAGGCGGACCCGAGCUACUCCAGUCACUCGGUGGACCUGUACGACUCUCCCUCGUCCUUCUGGCCCGAGUACUCCUCCCCGGGCUUCGCGGCCCCGCCCCCCUGCCCCUCGACCCACGGCGCCCCUCAGGCCUCGGAGCAGUACUGCCCCCGUGUGGUCAAACGCAAGAGCACACAUGCGCAGAGGCCCGACAGGGAGGGCCCGAUGACCGGCAUGUCAGCCUAUCCAGUUCUGUACUCGGGUUCUGGUCCGAUCCAGCUGUGGCAGUACCUCCUGGAGCUCCUCCUGGACUCGGCGUGCUGCUCCUUCAUCUGCUGGACGGGCGACGGCUGGGAGUUCAAGAUGUCCGACCCCUCGGAGGUGGCGAAGCGCUGGGGCCAGUGCAAGAACAAACCCAAGAUGAACUACGAGAAGCUGAGCCGCGGCCUGCGCUACUACUACCACAAGAACAUCAUCCACAAGACGGCGGGCAAGCGCUACGUCUACCGCUUCGUCUGCGACGUGCAGGGCAUGCUGGGAAAGACGGCGCGGGAGGUGCUGGCUGGCCUGAACGUCGUGCCCACCGGCGCCGAGGCGGCGGCGUGGCAGUCGGGGGCGCCCCCCGGGGGGUCGGGGGGCCCCGGGGUGUCGGGGGGCCCCGGGGGCCCGGCGGCGUCGGAGCACAGCAGCGAAACAUGGCCGCCGUCUCAGUAGGGAACGGUUUCCAUGACUACCGGGAGGCCCGAAGUCUCCGAGGGGAACGGCCCCGAGCUCCCAGAGCUCCGGGUCGUCCUCAUGCACGCAGAACAAUGGAGGAACCGAAUAUGGUUCUUCAGAGUGAGGACAGAGAAGAACCAUUUCUGGUUCCAUGGAGAACCUUUUAAACCAGGGUUCUUUCAAGAACCAUGUCCUUAUAUAGUUCUUCAGAGAAGCUAUAAAAGUGUCUCAAAGAACCUUAAAAAAUAGUUCUUUAAGGCACCAUUUAUGGUGCCUCAAAGAACCUUUCAAACCAGGGUUCUUUAGAGAACAAUUUCCUUAAAGAGUUCUUGUAAGAACCUAUAAAUGUGUCUCAAAGAACCUUCAGAACAUGGUUCUUUAAGGCACCAUUUAUGGUUCUUCAAAGAACCUUUCAAAUCAAGGUUCUCUAAAGAACCAUUUCCUGAAAGAGUUCUUCAAAGAACCUGAAAAGGUGCCUCAAAUGAAAACUGUUCUUCUGUGAUGGUUCUUUGUAGAACCACAACAUCUUUUAGAGAACCUUUUAGGAACCCUGAUUGUUCUGUGUGUGUGUGAUGACGGUUUAGAGAGGCUGAACAUUCCAGGAGUCAAAUAACCCCAAACUCCUAAAUUCAUAUUCAGUCUUUUUCGUCACGUGACCCGUGAACACGCGGCACCUCGGGGAGAAAUAACUUAUCCGCAAACGUCGGGGGCGUAUUUUUCAUUUUUUUAAAGGGAAUCUAUUUGUAAAUAGUGUUUAUAUAACGGCCGCCUAGAGUUUUGUGCAGUGGUAAUAUUUUGUGUUUGAUACUAAACUCUCGUCUACCUCGCCGGUCAGAACCACGUCAGCCCAGAUCUCCUCCGGCCGCCUCGUAUGUGUGGGGGUCCACUUCCUGUAAAUAAACUGUAUAUAAACAUAGAA